AGAUUUUUUGUUUACACAUCUUUCUUUACAAGGAAUAACAUAACUCUAUCAACUUUUCUCUAUAAUAUACAUAACAGUGUUCUCUAUAGUAAAGUGAUGAUUGAAAAUUAUGCAACAAUGUGUAGCAUUAGACUGUUCUUAUAAGAUUAACAUAUUUUUUUUAUAGUUAUUAAGUUAUUUGUUUUAUACUUUGUCGAUGUAUAGUACAGUAUAUUUUAUUGUGUAUCAGAAUGUACCUUUUUUGCUUUAAAGUACUUUACAUACGUUACAGCUCCACCGCCCCCACAAAUGCAAGGACCGCCGCCGCCACAUCCGGGCCCUCCGCCUCCAGGCACGCCGAGCGGACAUUUGCCUCCUCCUGGUAUUCAGGGGCCACCACCACCGAGACCUGGUGGACCUCCACCUGGUAGCAUGCGAAUGCCACCGCCUAGAGGUCCUCCACCAGUCGUGGGUCCUCGAGGUCCGCCGCCAGAUCCUCGAGGCCCACCUCCAAUCCAGCACGAUUGGGAUCAUCGUCCACCUGGUAAGUACAUGUCUCAUCCUCCACCACAACCACCUGUAGGCCCCCCUCUUUCACAGGGUGGUGCACCACCAGGCAGACCACCUCCAAUUGUUUCAGGUCCGGGCAUGCCACCUUCGAUGCCACCGCCUACAUCCCACGUAAAUCCCGCACCACACGUAAACCCUGCAUUUUUUACACCACAUUCUCAUCAGGGAGUACCACAAGGUCCACCACCCACUUCUCAACCAGGUGAUAUGUACAAUCGUCCACCUGGUAGCCAGUAUCCCGAUUACAGAAGUCUACCGCCAGACAGGCAUGAGCCUCCAGCACCUUCAAUUAGUGAAGCAGAAUUUGAGGAAAUAAUGAAUCGAAAUAGAACUGUGUCAAGUAGUGCUAUUGCAAGAGCUGUUGCAGAUGCUAGUGCAGGUGAUUUUGCUAGUGCUAUUGAGACACUUGUCACUGCUAUUUCGCUAAUUAAACAGUCUAAGGUGGCUAAUGAUGAUCGUUGUAAAAUUUUGAUUAGUUCUUUACAAGACACAUUGCAUGGUAUUGAAUCAAAAUCUUACGGUUCAAGGAGUAAAGAUAGGCCUCGUUCCCGAGAGAGAGAACGUUCUCGAGAGAGAUCGUCUCGAAGAGAAAAAUCUAGUAGACGUGAUAGAUCAAGAAGUAGAGAUAGAGAUUACAGAGAACGCAGUAGAGAACGAGAUCGUUACCAUGAUGACCGUUACAGAGAGAAAGACAGAGAUAGGGAUCGAGACAGAGAACAUCGUAGCAGUCGACAUUAAAGCAUUAAGGUCAGUUGUGAUUUAUAUUCAUAAACUUCUUAUCUGUUUCUUAUGUUUUCUUAUUUGUUAAAUUAAUAUAUUAGAGAUUUUAAAAGAUUUUUUUCAGAUUAACAGAUGUAUAUAGGUAAGUAUGUUUGUAUUUACAAACUGAUUUUGUGCAAUAUUUGGGGUCAUUGUUUAAUUUGAACUGAAGAAUGAGUGGUAUUUUUACUGUGCUGAAUUUUUGUAUUGUUUUAGAAUUCUGUUAAUAAAUAUUUGAUGUAAAUAAUAAUUUAGCAUGUAUGUAUCAAAAGAUUAAAAUCAUAUGUAUUUUCUUCUGAAAUGAACUGACUCAGUCAUUAUCUCAUUGAUGAUACAGAAUUUGAAAAGUUCAUUUAUAACAUGUUUAAUCUGAAUUUUCAGAAUAUUAAUUUGAGAGUAUGACUAUUUAUCAUUAUUUAGUUAUGUUAAU